AUGUUACUUACAACAAUAUUCAACAUGGUCUAUUCUAUCAUCCAAGCCGUAACUAUGCCGGUGAUCCAUGUGUACGAGAUGUCAUUCUUUAUUUUUGCUAGCGGAUUAGGUGCUGUUCCGAAUAGUUUCAACAGAUUCGCUACCGCUGUGUUCUGCUCCACGUUUGCACAGUCACUCUGCGUAUUAGCACUACAUUUCCUCUAUCGAUACAUUCAAGUUGUCAGGCCACGAGCUCGAUUCGUGUUUGAAAAUCCUUUAUAUGUGUCUAUUUUGAUUGUACUGUACGUGUUCGUGGCUGCUGACUAUGGUUCCGUUUGUUUUUUCAAUUUCGGACCUUCGGCAAUUAAAGAUGCCUAUUUUGCCGAACAAAUGCUCAAAUUUUACAAUAUAGACAUUACACAAGUAGGCUAUCUGGGCCCUGUAUAUGUGAUGAAUGAAGAAAUGCAAUGGCUCGAUUUUCUUGGUUUGCUGAACGUUAGCGUUGUCAUUGGAUUUACAUUAGCUGUGAUACCGUUUUGUGGAACAGCAAUUUUUCGCUGCUUAUACAAGCAACAAGUGACGAGCAAGAAGACGAAAGAGUUGCAAAUUCAGAUGUUUCGGGUUCUUCUGAUACAGUCCUUCUUUCCUAUCGCCUUCACGUUUAUUCCCUCAUCCGGUCUACUAGUAAUGUCAUUAUUUGGUAAAAAUAUUGGAGCAAGUGUAAAUAUUGUUGCUAUUCUUCUCACGAUAUAUCCUGUUAUUGAUCCAUUGAUCGUACUGUAUUUUGUGAGCAGUUAUCGUGAAGCUAUUCGAAUGUAUUUUGGACAGUUCAAAUAUAUUACAAAUCGAAAAGUUACUCCUGUAAAAUUUUGA